CAAAAUGGAUGAAGACGCUAACUCACGUAAUGUUCCACAGGAAAGUAAAGCUGGAUAUGUUCUUAGUAAUGUGGCAGAGGUAGUUGAGAGGAUCUUGACAUUUGUGCCGACCAAGUCUCUCUUCCAGGUUGCUAGUGUGUCUCGACUAUGGAGGAAUUGUGCACGCAGAGUACUCAGAACUCAGCAGAAACUGACUUGGCUGUCAGCCUCUGGCACGGGCAAAUAUGAUGAACACAUACUCCUCAGAAAGCUGUCUGAGGAACUUGAGAACAUCUACUUGCUACCUCAGGCCGCUUUGUUGAUGGUUGACAGUGAGAACUUUAAUUUGCAUGAUGACCAUUACAAACAGAAGAAAGCCAGGAAGUGUCGUGAAGAGGAGGAUGGAAACUCUGUGGAGAGGCUUAGAUGUCUCUUUCCUCAAAACUGUGACAUACUGGGCAUUGUCACUCCUGGGGUUGUGUUGACCCCUGGUGGUUUCCCCAGCAAGCCCCCUGAGGAGCAUGAGGAUGGGGAAGCUGGCUUUGGCCUGCUCUUUCCCAGCAUAGAGGGCAUUAACAUCCGCCCCUUCCACUUCUGCAGGCGAACCCUUAAUGCUGAAGCUCUACAGGAGGCAGGAUUGGUGGGUAACCCUGAGCUGAGAGUGGUUCUGCUGUUUGGAUAUGAGGCCUACAAAUCUGGAGCUGCCCGCUUCCUCCAUGAACUGCUUAAACCCUUGGCUAACAGUAACGCUCUCAUUGCUGGGGGACAUGUUGAGAAGGUUUUUUCCCCUCCUAGAAAAUGUUGUUCUCAGGGCUCAUUUGGAGUAGUGGGGUUUUCCCUGAGUGGUCCCAGGAUCCAAGGGGCGUCGGUACUGCUCGAGCAGGACGUCAGCACCCCCGAGGCGGCUGAGGCUACCCUCCUGCGGCUCAAAGCGGCAAACAUCCCUGAAAAGAACACCAUCGGCUUCAUGUUCGCCUGCGUGGGGCGCGGACACAACUACUACAACGGCAAGCGCAACGUGGAGGCUGACACUUUCCGCAAGGUCUUCCCGACCGUGCCGCUUUUUGGUUUCUUUGGCAACGGGGAGAUCGGCUGCGACCGUAUAAUCAAGGACAAGUACAGUCUGAGUGAAACAGAUGCUGAUGGUCUUCAGCAUGGCUACACCACUGUCAUGAGUCUGGUGCAUCUGGGCUGAUCCAUUCUCACUGUACAGAUUAUGCCUAUCCCGUCUAAAAGAGUCAGGAGUUUCAGGGUUUACGGCCAAACUCCCAACUCAACUCUCCAACAGCAAGGCAGUUCUGAGGGUCAAGGUGUUUGUGUAUUUUUCUCUAAGCUUCCUCUGCGAAAGAUUUUAAGGAUAGUCCUGUAGGAUUAUAUUGAUAAAGAAAGAUACCGAUCAUAUUUAAACAAGUCAGACAGGCAUGGUGCUACUCCUUGUAUCUAAAUAACCAUUUUAGGAUCAGUCCUAAAAUAUUAUGCAUACACACAUUACUUCAUUGUUUAAGAAAAAUCAGAUCAGGACUCUUCUUCAGUCAAAGGGGUUUCAUUUGAUCUGUCUGGAUUACUUUGGUCUAUUUGCCUGUCAUAUCAAAGAUUUUCCAAGAAGGACUUUUUUUUUUUUAAAUAACUUAAAGCACUUUUAUUGAAGUCUAGUGCAAGGAAACUCUUUCCAAACUUUCCAUGUACCUUAGCACUGAAUUGUUUCUUUUCUACCUUUUCUGUGACUUGGAUCUACCACACUGAUGUGUUGGUAGAGCUUUGAGCAGGUCCAUAGAAACUGAUAAUAAUCUCUUCCCUAAGGAGAACUUACUCUGUUUACUGCUUCACUGAUAAUAAUCUCUUCCCUAAGGAGAACUUUAUUUACUGCUUCAUUUUCCUCCUGGUGGUUUGUCCUGGCUCAGAGUGAGGGGUUAAAGUUCACUCAUCAUCAUAAAAUUCUCUUCUACACAAUAAACUUUGUACUCUUUAUACUGCCAUCACAGUUUAACUCUUCAAGGUUGUUUUUUUUUUUUUUUACAAACCCUAAUUGAUUGGUUGAGCGAUGAUGACAUUUUCUCUGUGGGCUGAUGUUCUAUCAGAUUCUAUUCUCUUAAGUAAAAUCAAAAAAGUGUUAUUGCUUUCAUUUGAAGGUCAUAAAUGGUUACGAUUUACUAAUGAAAACAUGCUGAUUACAGAGUGAUUGUAUCAGUUAGACACUUUUUUAUGUCAGACUUGGCUUUGAAAGAAAGAUGGCUGUCAUGCCUUUAGUUAAUUCCCCGUGGACAGGCAGAGGGUGUCUCUCGUUGGUUUGAUUUGUGUUAGUUAAACAUGCAUGUGUGCCUGUGGACCAGUCUGGUCUCGAGUUUUACACCGAAGGUAUGGCCAAGCCUUUUGUUCAGUUUCUUAUUCUUUAUAUAACUUUAGUGUCCUGAAGUGAUAUUUGCUGGAGUAUUGGUACACGGGGCAUAUGGUCUCAGGUAUCAGCAGCCAAGACUCUGUUAGGGAAUGGAAAUACAAUGUUUGGAUCUAACUGACACACAGACUUUAGCAGUUAAUCCUUGGAAAGCCUGAUUCUGAUGUAAUUGGUUUCCUGUUCCACAGUCAAGCAUCUUUUCCCAUCAUUUUCCAAAGGUUCAGUGUCACCUAACGCUUAAAUUUGAGUCUGUCUUCUGGUCAAUACACACAUGGUUAAUUAUUAAGACAGAGGGUUGAGAGUCACUGUGACUAGUGCUUUGUCAUUUGUCAACAUAAAUGACAUUUCUCUUCUGUGAAUUACCCUUGAGAUGAACAGUGCACAAUAGUCACAACAUCAACAAUAAUGUAAUAGUCACAAUCAUAAUAAUCAUGGCAUCAUUUCUGCAAAAUAUAUUUGGUAACAUAAUUCAUAUGGAAUGCCAUGUUUCCUUGGCCUUUUACUGUCAGGUUCACUUUGCUGUUAUGGAGACAGUAAAUUUUCAAAUUUUCAAGCCAUUAAUUUUAUUUGAGGCCUUCCCUCACAAUCCCUCACUGAAUGCCAGUAUAUUUAGUUCUAACCAUUAAAUAUGUUAAGUUAAAUCCCUUGCAAGGUCGCAAAGGUAUGUGUCAAAACUGUAUUUGUAUUCAGCUGAUUGAAAUUAGGUAUAUUUUGGAGUGGUGAACACAUAUAAUAAUAAUAAUGGAAAUGGUCAGAUGUUGUACUUUAAUAAAGAAACUUCAGGUAAUUUCUCAUAGAUCUGAUUCAUGAACAUUCCCAUGACUUCCUAGGUGUGUGCUUUGCCCAUCUGGUUUCAUGUUUCACCCAAUAAA